AUGAAAAGAACAUCAUCAGAGGCUGAAUCUAACUCUGGAUAUGAAGGGCAAAAAAUUGCAAAGAUCUCUAAUGAAUCAUCAUCACCAACUCCAUUAUUGAAUUCCUCUGCAGUGUCAUCCGCAGCAGCAGCUAAUAAUUCAAUGAUGACAAAAUGUUUUCCGAUGGAAUUAGGAAUUUUGGACGAAAUUUGUAGUUUUUCCUCUUUGGAUACACAAUGUUCAUUGUAUGCAACUUGUACAUCAAUUAGGAAUAUUAUGGAUGGGGAUAAUUUUUUAUAUCAUUAUCAAUCAAGAAAGAUUGCAAUGUUAAUGAAAGAAGCAUGUAGAGAAUUUACUUCAGAGGUAGAUACGAGAAACUUCUUUCUUGGAAUAUGUUAUAGAUUAAAUGCUGAAAUUGCAAUUUUGGACAAGGAAAUUAAGGAAAAUAUAAUGAUAGACAAGAAUUUAGGAAGCUUAUUUUGCUUUAAUGUUGUUAAAACAGGAAAUUCUUCAUUCACUUCCUCAAUUAAGAAACUCCUUGUAGCUAAAACACUCAUAGCCAGAAAUGGGUCAUCUAUUUAUUAUUUAGAAAAAUCAUGCUUCAAUGAUAGAGAAAUUUUGCUGAGUUGUCUACGGGUUUCAGAUUCAUCAGAUCAUGAUUUUAUUCUAAGCCAAGUUACAGAUCAUCAACUGUGGGAUGAUGAAGAAGUAAUAAGAGCUCACUUAUCAUCGCACCCAAGACAUGUCUUUGAUGAAAUAGAAAGAAGAAUAUCCAGUAAUAGAUCAUUAAUACUUAAAAUGGUACCAGAAUUUGAAGUUUCUAUUUAUGAACUCUCUGAGGAUUUGUGGAAUGAUAAAGAAGUUGUCAUGCAAGUUUUUAAUGCUAUAGAAUAUAAGAAAUUGCCUAAACAUAUCAGAAACGACAAGGAAGUAUUAUUGGCAUACAUAAAAUACAAACCAAAUGAAGGAACAAAGUUUCUGAACCCUGAAUUAGUCAAGGACUUGGAUUUCCUAAAAAAGGUUCUUAACUAUUCACCAAAUGCCUACAAGUUUUUAACUCCAGAGUUGAAAUUGGAUAGAAAUUUAAUUUUUGAAAUUGUGGAGAAUAAUCCAUGCCUAUUCAAGUUCCUUGAUUCAUCCUUUAGAAAUGAUAGAGAGCUAAUUAUGAUGAUUGUUAAAAAAUAUGGAACCGAUCACCUGGAUGUCAUUCCAGAAAGUCUAAGAGCCGACAAGGAAUUGAUUUGGUCAUCUGUUGAAAAGAAUGCCGACUUUUUCAACAAAUAUCCAAGUGCAAUUACAGACAGAGAGUUGCUACUUCAUGCUGUGAAACAUUAUCCAUACACAUUACAAUAUGCAGACCCUCCACUGUGUGAUGAUUUUGAAGUAAUCAUGACGGCAUGUAAGAAUAGUGGAAUGGCACUCAAAUUUGCCUCUCCAAGAUUGAAAUUGAUUCAUCCCUUGUGA